AAAAAGAUUGGAGUCAGUCAUUAUUAAUAGAAUCAUCACAAAAAGUUGACAAAACCCACACAUCAUCAGAAUUCAGAAGCUUCAAGUUUUGUCUCUCCUUUCCUCUCUUCCUCUGUUGUUCUGUUUGGUCCAAUAAAUGAACUGAAACAGAACAGCAUGUGUGUAUACUUCUUUUUAGAUUCUCUCUCUCUCUGAAUUUAUAUCUUCCUUGAGAAUCCACAGAGGUUGUUUCUUUUUAAAUCCCUUUUUGCCAAACCCACUUUUGCUCUCAAAAGAACCCAAGACAUGGAUGAUUGGAGGAGGAGUGGUCAAAUACCAGCAUUUGGAGACUGGGAUUACACAAAUCAGAUGCCAAUCACUCAGUAUUUUGAGUGUGCAAGACAAGCAGGGUUGUUCCGCUACAGCUCCUCCUCUGGUGAAUGUGAUCAUCAAUGCAUGAAUAAUGGAGAUUUGUAUGCUCUUGAUUUCAAGAAGAAAACCUCUCGUGAUCUUGGUCCCCCUCGUAAGACCAAGGGGAGAGAGAGGAAUGUGAAGGAACAGAGAAAGCAAGGGAAGGUGUGUGAUGUGACUGAACUGCCAAGAAAACAGAGUCAUCAACACCGUAAAAUGAACUCUAACUACAAAAAAAGUAGUGUUCAAGUGAUUAAUCAUCCAAGAUCGAGUGCUAGGCCUCCUAAACCUGUUGAUGAAGAUCUCUACAAGAUCCCUCCAGAGCUCCUAAACUCCUCCAAACGGAAGAGGAAGAUGGGACUUUUCUCAUGCUUGGUGCCAGCUUGUGCUUCCUGAAUUUUGGAUAUUCUGAACUGAGAGAGCUCACCAGUCAGCACAGUGAAACUUAAAAUGGGGAUAAAAGCGAACCUCUUUUUUGCUUUUCAUGGAAUUGUGUAGUUUCAGUGUUUGAAAACUGAAAACUUGGUUAUGGAAGACACUGAUAGUUCAUAGCUAGUAGAGAUGUUAAUGAUCCUUUUGUCUUUGUUUAAUUACUUGAUAAUAGAGAUAUCAUGAUGGACCGUUUGUUUAAUUACUUGAUAAUAGAGAUAUCACAUUAUCAUGA